CUCUGACGAACCAGAAAAAAAAGCCCAGUAAUAUAUAUACAGUUAAUCUCAGCCGUCAGAUCAUUCAUCUGCCACCGUCACAGAUCUUCGUCGUCUCUCUCUCUCGCGUUCUCGUAAAUCCCAUCACCUCUCUCUCACCGAGCCGUUCUCUCGGUGAUUCUAAAGAUGAUUAUGAUGAUGGGCAGUAACGUUAGCAACCAAGCUUUACUGUCUCAGAACUCGUUGAAUUAGCUGAUUCUAUUAAUCGAAUAAGCUUCUUCUUGUUCGUUUUUACUUGUCAUCUGUAAAUGGGCUGUUUACAUUCCACGGCUGCCAGAGAGUUUCCUGGUCAUGAGAACCCUGUGAAGCUUGCCUCUGAGACAGCUUUUAGCGUGAGUGAGGUUGAAGCAUUGUACGAGUUAUUCAAGAGCAUAAGCAGCUCAGUUGUUGACGAUGGCUUGAUCAACAAGGAAGAGUUUCAACUUGCUUUGUUCAAGAACAGAAAGAAGGAAAAUUUGUUUGCCAAUAGGAUAUUUGAUUUGUUUGAUGUUAAACGAAAAGGUGUUAUUGACUUUGGAGACUUUGUGAGAUCACUCAAUGUUUUCCAUCCUAAUGCUUCUCUAGAGGAGAAAACAGACUUUACCUUUAGGCUAUACGACAUGGACUGCACGGGCUUCAUUGAACGCCAAGAGGUGAAGCAAAUGUUGAUUGCCCUUCUCUGCGAAUCUGAAAUGAAACUAGCUGAUGAUACCAUAGAAGUGAUACUCGAUCAGACAUUUGAGGAUGCAGAUGUGGACCGAGAUGGAAAGAUUGGUAAGACAGAGUGGAGUGAUUUCGUAAUCAAAAACCCAUCUUUGCUUAAAAUCAUGACUCUUCCAUAUCUGAGAGACAUAACGACCACGUUUCCAAGUUUUGUCUUUAACUCGGAGGUGGAUGAGAUUGCGACUUGACGAAACAAGUUGGGUUUAUAGAGAGACCAAGUUGUAGGCUGGACCAAGAACACGACCGACUGUAACAGUGCUAUGUAGUACUACUUUCUUGAUUUUUUUUUUUUCGUUUAUUGGGUUCAAUUUCAAUGAAAUGGAUUCCUCUUGGUAAGUUUUUAAUAUAUUAAGUUGUUAGUCUACGCAAAGAAACUAGUACAAAAUCUCAUAACUGAUUAAAGAUUUGGUU